GCAAAGUCUCUUUGUCUCUCUUCAAUGGUGGAAUUCUCAAUCCUCAAAAGUUAAAGCUGUUUUCCGGUAGAAGUUUCAGCAAUGGAGGCUUUGACACAAAUUGCAUGUGUAUCCGGCGCUGGAAUGGAUACCCAUCACCACUCCCGUUGGAAUGAAAAUGGAGUUAGUUUGAAGAAAGAAAAGGUGGGAUUGAAGAAGAAGCUGAAAUUGUUAAAGGGAUUGUCCAAGGAUCUCUCUACCUUUUCUGAUUUAGGUUUUGCUUCCACUGAUCAAAACAAUGAUUUGAUCCUUCAAGUCCGGGGCAAAAUGAUCACGGAAGCAGCAGAGGUUUUGUUGAAACAGCUUGAGCAAUUAAAAGCAGAGGAGAAAGAAUUAAAGAGAAAAAGAAAACAAGAGAAGGCCAAGCUUAAAGCUGAAAUAUCACGUGAAUCAAGUGAUAGCGAAUGUGAGGAGGAGGUGAUGAACGUGAAGAGUCUCGCAAGAAGUCAGAGUGGAGUAUGUGAAGAAAACAAAGUGAAUGGUUUUGUUGUAGAGCGGAGGUUGGUAAAUGAUGAGACAAGUUGCUGCAGCGAUGCAGUGACAAAGAGGAUUGAGGUUUGCAUGGGCAACAAAUGCAAGAAAUUAGGAGGUGGAGCGUUAUUAGGGGAAUUUCAAAGAGUAAUGGGAACUGAGGAGGGAGUUGUUGCUGGGUGCAAGUGUAUGGGCAAAUGCAGAGAUGGACCCAAUGUCAGGCUCUACAAUUCUGAUCACCACACUCAAACUCCAAUCAAUCCACUUUGCAUUGGGGUCGGAUUGGAGGAUGUGAGUGGUAUUGUCACUGAUUUCUUUGCUCAGGAUACCCAAUAUUUGGGUUUGAAUCCUGCAUGUUAAGUCUUCGACAUUUUGAAUGUGCAUAUCUAGAUUCAGUGCUGUAUUAGAUUAGACAUCAAUAUUUCAUUUUUAUUAAAUUAUAACAAAAUCACUUUUCUUUUUA